UAGUGGGGCGUCUGGUAUAAAUAAGCAGACGCCGUAGAUACAGACAGUUCAGAGUCAUAUACGGUGCUCGCGUGGUGAUAAGGUUAUAUUUGGAGUCUGGUAGCAAGUGGUUUAAAGAAUUUAUCUAGAAGAUAACGAAGUUUCAUAUCAAAGAAAUAUCAAUUAGGACGAAAAAAUGCCUAUCCCCCUGAGGAGUGUUCUCAUCAGCGACGCCGUCGACGAGUCUUGCGCCGCUUUAUUGGUCAGUCAUGGAAUAUCAGUUACGCAGAAAGUAAAAAUGAGCAAGGAGGAACUUCUGCAGGAAAUACAGAAACACGAUGGCCUCAUAGUAAGAUCGGAGACUAAGGUUACUGCGGAUUUACUCGACGCAGCACCAAAUCUUCGAAUUGUCGGACGCGCCGGAACUGGGGUCGACAAUAUCGACUUAGAUGCCACAGUUCGUAAAGGGAUCUACGUCCUCAACACUCCCGGUGGUAAUAGUAUCAGUGCCUGUGAGAUGACCUGUGCCCUCAUCACCUCUUUAGCAAGAAACGUCGCUCAAGCUGCCCAAUCCUUGAAAGAAGGUCGCUGGGAUCGUAAACUCUAUUCAGGAAAUGAACUUUUUGGCAAGACUCUUGCUGUACUGGGAUUUGGACGAAUCGGAAGAGAAGUGGCCCAUAGAAUGCAAUCAUAUGGAAUGAAGAUCAUUGCAUUUGAUCCUAUGACAUCUGUAGAAUCUGCUAAGGAAGUUGGAGUUGAUUUGUUGAGUUUGGAUGAAAUUUGGCCGUUGGCGGAUUACAUUACCGUACAUACACCCUUAAUACCCGAGACUAUAAAUUUAAUUAACGCUAGCGUUCUGGCUAAAUGCAAAAAAGGUGUACGCGUGAUCAAUGUUGCUCGGGGUGGUAUUGUGGACGAGAAUGCUCUCUUGGAGUCAAUAAAGUCUGGACAUUGCGGUGGUGCUGCUCUAGACGUCUUCGUUCAGGAGCCGCCAAAGGAUCCUAUUCAAUGGGAAUUAAUUAAACAUCCCAAGGUCAUUCCCACUCCACAUCUUGGAGCUAGUACGGCUGAAGCACAACAACGUGUUGCGGUGGAGAUAGCUGAACAAUUUUUGGCUUUGUCCGGAAUAUCAACUAAAUAUACCGUGACAGGUCUCGUAAACAGUCCUAUGUUAUCUGCUGCACUUUCGGAGGAAAAUGCACCGUGGGUUGAACUCUCAAAGAAAUUAGGUCAACUUGCUGGCAAGUUCCUGAAGAAAAACAAAGGUGCCGCCGUAGAAAUUGUGACUGUUGGCAAGGAACUUGUUUCCAAAAAGUUUAUCCCCACUGCAGUAUUGGUUGGCGUACUCACUGGGCAAACGAAAAACGGUUUGAACUUGGUGAAUGCCGGAAUUCUUGCUAACGAAAAUGGCGUUCAUCAUAAGAUUAGACACGAAGAUGGGGAUUGUAAAGCUGUGAUUAUUAGGGUGGGACAACAUCAAGUAAAAGGUUCCGUUCGUGACAAUGAACUUCUUUUGCUUUCCAUUGACAAUGCAGAUUUCGCUAAUGGCGUUGCACUACGUGACAAUGUUACUCUUUACCAUGGAAAUACAGCCCAAGAUUUGACCAAUAUUGUCACUACCCUAUCUUCCAAGGGAGUGAACAUCCACAGUCUAAAUGCUAAUAGUAACUGGUUUGUAGUUCAGACAAAUCAAGAAGCCGCCAUUGAGAUUAAUGGCAUUGAAAAUUUUUAACUUAGAAGAAUGAAUGGAGGAGAAUGGAUUUCCACCUGUAUAUGAAACAACCUGAAUGAAAUAUGUUUAUUAAGAAAUUCAGUAUUGCAAGUUUCUGACCAGAAAAAAGUAGAAGAAAGACAGUCUAAUGUCUUUCAUCGAUAUUAACUCUCAUCAUUCGCACGCCAUUAUUUAUUUAUCAGGUCACAAUAAGUUUCCUGGAAAACAAGAAUAUUUUUACUGCUUAGGAUCUUAAUGCAGAAAUCAACAUUUAUUACGUGCUUGAGACUUUUGUAUAAAAGUUGUGAACGUCCAAUUUCUGUACUAGCGUACUAUCAGUUAUACUUAGAUAAAACAAGUUUAUACGAAUGUAUAUAUUUUGUAGUACUCAUUGUUGAUAAUAAAAUUCGGUAUAUAAAA